GGGAGAGAGAGUCACGGAGAGGAGAGAGGACGCGUCGGAGGUUUCAGAGAGAGAGACUCUAACUGACAUAGGUUUUAUAUAGAGAGACGGUUGCGAAGAAGCUUUUUAAACCUAACCUACAGAAAGAGAGAGAGCGUAAGGUUAUUAUGAGAGUUUUCCAAAUCUGAAUGGAAAGCUUAGUCCUCGCCGGAUCCGCCGUGAGUCUUCUCUAUCACCGCCGUCUUAGCUGCUUUUCAGGUAGAUCAAAUACCUGAUUUUAGAAGAAGUUUGUUUUUGUUUAGAGAAUGGUAGACUUUUGAGAAUCCUAGAAAAACGGUAGAGAAAGUGUGAUCUUGAGAGAAAGGAAUGGACGGUGCGGCGGGUUGCACGGUUGGUUCGAUUGUGUGGGUGAGGAGGAGGAACGGCUCGUGGUGGCCAGGGAAGAUAUUGGGACAGGAUGAUCUUGACUCUACUCAUAUCACUUCUCCACGAUCUGGAACUCCUGUGAAGCUUCUUGGGAGAGAGGAUGCAAGUGUGGAUUGGUAUAACUUAGAGAAGUCUAAGAGAGUUAAGCCGUUUCGGUGUGGCGAUUUUGAUGACUGCAUUGAGAAGGUGGAGACUUCGCAAGGGUUGACGAUAAGGAAGAGAGAGAAGUAUGCUCGUAGAGAAGAUGCGAUUCUCCAUGCUCUUGAGCUUGAAAAGGAGAUUCUGAGGAAGGAAGUGAAAGUAGAAACUGGUAGGUCUAGGGGUGAGGGUGACUCUCGUGAUGCAAACAAGGAGAGAAUGGUUGUGUCUAGGGUUCAUGAUAAUGGGACACGAGAAUCAACUGGUGGUAUUGGGCGGAACCAUGUUGUUGGUGAUGUGCACAAAGAUAAAGAGGAAGACCAGACGAGAUUUGAGGAAGAGGCACAGCCUCGAAUGAGAGGGUUGCAGGACUUUGGGCUAAGAACGGCUUCUUCUAAGCGAAAGUUUUCAUCCUCUAAUGGUCCUGAUACUUCCUUUAGGUCUCUGGCUAGAAGCAAUUCUUCAGCUUCUUCUAGUGGAGAUCAUAGCAUGGAGAGGUCCGGUUAUACUCUCGGAAAGGAGAAAACUAGGAAUUCGAUGGAGGCUAAAAGGACUAAGUAUAUGUUUGCACCAAAUGAAUCUAAUGAUGUUUUAGAUCUGCAUGAGAGUUUGCUAAACCACAGGGCGGCUAUGCAUUCCUCCUUUGCUGGUGGGGAUUCCCGUUAUUCGCUUUCGGAAUAUGAACCUCCUGAUUUUUUGGAAGACAUUGAAUCUGAUUCUUCUGAAUCCGAAACUGACUCUUCUGAUAUGGAGGAGGAUACUGAUGAUGACAUUCCCUUGCUGUCAGGAGCUGGCCGUCAUUCAGAGCAACGCAAUGCUUUUAGACAUGUGUCAGCAGAAGAUGAAAGCACCAGCAGUGAGGAAGAAUUUUAUGAGUCAUCAAUUUCUGGCGACUCUUCUCACCUUUAUUCCCAAGAUCCUGAUAAUGAAGCUGAUACAGUUUCCAAGUGGCAGCUCAAGGGAAAAAGAAACAUGCGGAAUCUUCCAAGAAGGUCUUCACGUAAGAGGGAAAUGCAGCGUAAUCGUCUGGAAGAUGGAAGAUAUUCUGAAUAUAAGAGAAGGCCAUUUGGUCAAAAGCCUAUGGGCUAUGGAUUAGAUUCUAGUGGGACAAAUGAUAUGAGCGAUGGAACUGAUGACACUGAUCCCAACGAAAGACAGUUCGGUAACAGAAUGAUUGGACCAGGUGAUGGUGAAUAUCGGUUCUCAACUAUGGCUGCAUCCGGAUUUAAGAACAUAUACAGCCAUGACAUGCUGGACUGGGAUGAUGAUCCUUGGGAAGGCCAGAUUGGUAAGAAGAAGCGAUGUGAGGAAAAACUUGAAGGUUCAGGCCAGGAGUUCCAUGCUUCUCAUCGACAUUCUAGAAGAAAUAUAUAUUCGCCGUUGAUGGAUGUGGAUUUAGAAGUACGAGGAAGCUAUCAGAAAGGGCCUGUCCCAAUUGUCUCCCUGAUGAGUAAGUUAAAUAGCAGAGCAAUAAUUGGGCAUCCAGUUGAAGUCGAAGUCUUAGCAGAUGGUUCCUCUGUGUCAUAUGAGUACUUCAGUAAUGAAACAACAUACCAUGACAAACCUUUUCUACUCCCCCAUGCUUGGAAGACUGCAAGAAGGAGUAGCUCACGGGUCCCACGGCUGCAACCAUUAUCACCAUCACUGGAAGCCGAUGCUGAGGAUUAUUCUCCGGCAAAUCAGGGAAGAAAACCGUUUUUUAAGAAACUUGGUUCGGGAAACUUUAGUAAUGAUGAUAACUCGCUGAGGAAAAGCAAUUUAAUGCACAUUCCAAGACCACCUGGAGAGAGAAAGCAGCAGCAGCAAAAGAAGUUGAUGAAGAACACAAACGCAACCCCUAGUCAAAAGACCAGGGCACUAUCAUCAUUCAGCACUGAACAAGCACACAACGGGAUAAAGGCGUUGGGGGAUGGGACUCACGAGCUAUCUAACAGACGAGUAUUACCUGGACCACCAACCGUGGCCUGCAUACCUGUCAAACUAGUAUUUAGCAGAUUACUGGAGAAAAUAAAUAGACCGCCAUCAAAGCCACUGUGAAAGCCUUUAAUGAGAGAGUAAGAGAUCAGUAACCAGAGGUCUGUACUCAAAGCCUAAACGAGAUUUACAGGUACAAAACAUAUAACCAUGUCUUGUGUCUUGUUUCCAUAGAUUGGGAAUCACGUUUAGGCAUUUAAAAUUAUGGGGGUGAUGGGUCUUUUUGAGCAACCAUCAGGCUUUUAUUAUGUGAUGACUCUUGAGAGAAAGUUAGUCGUAGGGAGAACAAUUUACGUAGAGAGAGUCUGGUUACUUAUUGGUACAGAUCACGUGAAGAGUUAGAACAAUGAUACCACUGGUUCGUUUUGUAUAUUAUUCACUCUCUUGAGAAAGCUUUCUCCUUGAUUUAGUUCCAGCUUUAGGUUUAUUAGUGUUAAAGUUUCUUUCUGUGUUUUCAAUUGCUGAAUCUUCUGCUGGCUAAUUAAUUUACUCAAUAUUAUCAACUCGAUUUGGUUCGAUCUGAGUUAUAUGAUAAAACCUUUAGACAUAUUUGACGGGGAAAACAAAAGGACCCUUGAGACAUAACAGACCUUGGAAGGUUUUUUCAGGAUACUACUACUACUUGACAUACAGUUUGUCCACUUAGAAACUUAUUACAACAUUAAACAAACAACAAGCGGAAUGAGAAAGGGAGACUUAAACAUGGUGAGUCUUGUCCGAGUCCUCGAGACUUAUGGGACGAAACCAAGCAGUCUCCUCCAGCACCGCCGAGUCUUGACGAGCAGCCUCGGCUGCGUCACUCUGAUCAGUCGUGGAGGGACCAAAGACUCCGGUCUGUGGAUGAGGAGACCAAUAUUUAUCAGAAUCUGGCUUUAUGACGUCAUCAGGAACUGCAGUUGCCUGCAAUUCAUCCUCCACGUUCUUGUCAUAAGCCGAGGAAUGACCACUCCUGCAAAAUAAAAUUUAAAUAUCGAAAUGACCUGCUUAAAAUUUUCAAGGAAAAAAAAAUAAAAAGUAAUUUUCCCGUUGGGUGGGAGAUUGUUGAUGGGUUGGUGAGACAUUGCCACCAGAGAAUACCCACAACAAGAAAUGAAUUCUUAUAAAUUCUCUGGUCUUUGUAUAUUUUUUAAAGAUAGAAAGUUUUGUUUUUGUGAAAAGGUGAACUGAAAAAGUCUUUAAAUAAAAUAUAAAUCAAAUUGCAAAAAAAAAAAAAUAUAUAAAUCAAGUAAUGUCAAAUGUGUCAUGGUCAGCUUGCUAUCAAUUUACAUAUCUACAAAGCUGUCGGUCCGAUUCUUAUCGAAAUCAAGAUAUUAAAUAAUCAACCACGUAACGUCUACUACUCACCUAAAUAAUGUGUUUUUUUCAAAAAAAUUGUACUACAUCAAACAACUAAAAAAAAUGUUCUGAAACUAAAAAAAUUGAAAACCGUUAGUUGCUGGUUAGUGUUUUUAAAGUGAUUAAGUGAACGAUUCAACAUCUGCGAGUGAACUACAAAAGGUUAUGGAUGCCAAUUCUUUCAAUACCACGUGUCAGUUCCUGAAUCGGAUUAGCUUUGGUAUUAUCCAUUUAAGCCAAAUGGCAUAUGCCAUUUAUCGUGCACUGUACAACACUUGUGCUUUCUGUACGAAUAUUUGUAAAAUAAAAAGAUUCAUUUUAAAUAAAGAGUUUGAAGAUUUUUUUUAGUACACUUGUACCAAAAACCACCGAUUUUUUUUUAUCUAUUUCAUUUUAAUUAAGCGAAUAUGAUUGGAAAAGAAGAAAAGGGCAAAUCUAUGACAUUCAAAAUAAGUAAUAUUUUAAUUGAUCUGAAUCCUUUAGCUCGUAAAAAACAAUGAGCUUUUUGGAUCUAGGAUACUGGAUUAGUACCUUAAACCAAGGAAAAUUAAAAUGUUUGAACUAACUAACAAGCCAGUGAUAAUACACAGAACGAAUUAAAACACGAAAUCUAUACUCUGAUAUGUUUUCUGACGUAAAAGAAAAGUUUAUCUAUCAGUUUCACCAUAAUCAAAACGUUAUAUUACACACUACACUGUUGUGGAAUAUAAACAUUUCCACAUUAAAUGUAGUUUCUUUCUCAUUUUGCUGUCAUAAACUUAUAUAUAUCUUUGACUUGGGUUCCAAAAAAAAUACGCAGAGAAAGAGAGAGAGUGUGUGUGUUGAUACCGUGAAGUGAAGGGAGCAGUGGCGGUGGCGCGUGAGGAAGCGCGUGGGAUGACAGCGAGCUUCCUUAGGCUGGUGAUCAACUGAAAGCUCUUUGAUCUGGUUGCCAUACAACUCGUCAGAGAUGAGCGGAGAAGAGAGAUAAUCUUUCUUUCUGUCUUUACUUCUUUUGUUGUUGUAAUAGUGAGUAUGAUGAUUUACACCGUUUAUUAUGUGUGCUAUAUAUGCUUUUGAAAGAGAGUGGCAUUAGGAGACAAAGCCCAAUCUGAUCUACUUCUCUCACCUACCAAACGCUGCCGUUUCCCUUUCCUCUAACGCCGUUACUUGACGAGUGGACGGUGCGUGAAUCCAGGCCUUUUCUAGCUUUAGAUAGGGCUUGUUGUUGCACACACAAGUAAGAAAAUAGGG